UUCACACUACUUCCUCCAAUCAGAGUGGGAGUGGGAGGGGCAAACAUAGAGCGGGACGACUCAGAACAGCUGUGUGUGUGUAUUCAAACUGCAGAGGCAGAGAGAAGAGACACGAUUUGUGUCAAAUCCCUGUGGAUUAUGAGACUUGUGUGAAGGAAGGGAACUUGGUGGAAGUGCACUAGAUUUGUUCACUACACCUUAUCGGACAUAAGGAUUUAGGGUGGAUUGAGGGUGCAGUGUGGAUUGGGACAAUGCUGUGGAGUUUACACACUUAGAGCAGGGAAGGAUUUGAGCUGCUCCAUCAGACACUCACACACACCUGCACAGCAUCACGCUGUAGCUGUAUUGUGACGCAGCGAUGGCUCCUCAUAAACAGUCGUCCCGCGGCUGGUCCUCCAUCCUGUGCUGCUUUAAGAGAAGUGAGCAGCCUGAGAUCACCCACAGGGUCGGCCAUGACACCAACCUCACGCUGCACGCCAUGGAGCCCAGGCUGCCCAUACCUCCCGCCGAGGAGCUGGACGCCAUGUUCUCCGAACUCGUGGAUGAACUGGACCUGACUGAUACACACAGAGCGGCCAUGUUCGCUCUCCCCGCUGAGAAAAAAUGGCAGAUAUACUGCAGCAAGAAGAUGGAACAGGAGGAGAAUAAAGGAGCGACGAGUUGGCCCGACUAUUACAUCGACCUGAUCAACUCCAUGGCCGCUAGGAAGACGGUUCUGGCUCUGGAGAAGGAGGAUGAAGAGGAGAGGAACCGAUCCAUCGAGGGUUUGAAGACAGCUUUGAGGACACAACCCAUGAGUUUUGUGACACGCUUCAUCGAUCAGGACGGCCUGACGUGUCUGCUGAACUUCCUGAAGAAGAUGGAGUAUGAGACGAGCGAGUCUCAGAUCCACACCUCGCUGAUCGGCUGCAUCAAGGCUCUGAUGAACAACUCUCAGGGCCGCGCCCACGUCCUCGCUCACCCCGAGAGCAUCAACAUCAUCGCUCAGAGCCUCGACACCGAAAACCUCCGCACCAAAGUGGCCGUGCUGGAGAUCCUGGGCGCCGUGUGUCUCGUCCCCGGAGGCCACCGCAAAGUCCUGCAGGCCAUGAUGCACUUCCAGAAAUACGCCAGCGAGAGGACGCGCUUCCAGUCUCUGGUGAACGAGUUGGACAGGAGUACGGGACGUUACAGAGACGAGGUGAACCUGAAGACGGCCGUCAUGUCCUUCAUUAACGCCGUGCUCAGUCAGGGAGCUGGAGAGUCGAGUCUGGACUUCAGGAUUCACUUACGCUACGAGUUCCUCAUGCUGGGAAUCCAGCCGGUCAUCGACAAACUCCGGAGCCACGAGAACGAGACGCUGGACCGGCAUCUGGACUACUUCGAAAUGAAGAGAAAUGAAGAUGAGCUGGCGUUGGCCAAGCGCUUUGAGAAUGUUCAUAUCGACACUAAAAGCGCCUCGCAGGUGUUUGAGCUCAUCCGUAAGAAGAUCAACCACACUGAGGCGUUUCCACACUUUCUCUCCAUCCUCCAGCACUGCCUCCACAUGCCCUAUAAGCGGAGUGGGAACACAGUGCAGUACUGGCUCCUCCUCGACCGAAUCAUCCAGCAGAUCGUCCUACAGACUGAUAAAGGUCACGACCCCGACGUCGCGCCCCUGGAGAACUUCAAUGUGAAGAACGUGGUGAGAAUGUUGGUGAAUGAGAAUGAGGUGAAACAGUGGAAAGAGCAGGCGGAGAAGAUGAGGAAAGAACACAACGAGCUGCAGCAGAAGCUGGAGAAGAAGGAGCGAGAGUGUGAAGUGAAGGCGCAGGAGAAAGAGGAGAUGAUGCAGACGCUCAGUAAGAUGAAGGAGAAACUGGAGAAGGAGAACAACGAGCACAAACUCACCAAACAGCAAGUGGCUUCACUCACGGCUCAGCUUCAUGAGCUCAGUACUAGGGCAGUUGUUCCCGGAGCACCUUCUCACGUUCCUGAAACUCCCGGUGCUCCGUCUGCUCCUUUACCUUCAGCAGGUGGUCUCGCUCCGCCUCCUCCUCCGCCUCCUCCUCCUUCAGGUGGGAUUCCUCCUCCUCCUCCACCUCCUCCUCCUCCAGGAGCUCCUCCACCUCCUCCUGGACUGUUCGGUUCUCCUGGAGCCUUAGCGCAGAAGAAGAAGAACAUUCCCCAGCCUUCAAAUCCACUUAAGUCCUUCAACUGGGCCAAACUUAGUGAGAACAAGCUGGAAGGAACCGUGUGGACGGAGCUGGACGACAUCAGAGUUUUUAAAAUUCUGGACCUGGAGGACAUCGAGAAAACGUUUUCAGCCUACCAGAGACAGCAGAAAGAGUCUGACGAUGAUGCAGCCUCAAAGAAAGUGAAGGAGCUGUCGGUUAUCGACGGUCGCCGAGCACAAAACUGCAACAUCCUCCUGUCACGGUUAAAGUUGUCCAACGAUGAGAUUAAGAAGGCCAUAAUGACGAUGGACGAGCAGGAGGACCUUCCCAAAGACAUGCUGGAACAGUUGCUGAAGUUCGUCCCAGAAAAGAGUGACAUUGACCUUCUGGAGGAACACAAGCACGAGCUGGACAGAAUGGCCAAAGCCGACCGCUUCCUCUACGACAUGAGCAGGAUAAAUCACUAUCAGCAAAGACUGCAGUCGCUCUACUUUAAAAAGAAGUUUGCUGAAAGAGUCGCAGACAUCAAGCCAAAAAUCGCAGCUCUCGCUCAGGCGUCUACAGAGGUGCUGCAGAGCCAAAACCUGCGCCAGCUCCUGGAGGUCGUCCUCGCGCUCGGGAACUACAUGAACAAAGGUCAAAGGGGAAACGCGUACGGCUUCAGAGUGUCCUCGCUCAACAAGAUCGCCGACACCAAGUCCAGCAUCGACAAGAACGUCACUCUGCUGCAUUACCUGAUCAUGCUCCUGGAGCAGAAAUAUCCCAAGGUGGCGCUGUUUCAUGAGGAACUGCAGAAUGUCCCAGAGGCUGCUAAAGUCAACAUGACAGAACUGGAGAAAGACAUCAACAGCCUGCGCAGCGGCCUGAAGAGUGUGGAGGCGGAGCUGGAGUACCAGAAGAGUCGUCCCCCGGACUCAGGUGAUAAGUUCGUGUCUGUGGUCAGUCAGUUCUUCACUGUGGCAGGAUUCAGCUUCUCUGAGGUGGAAGAUUCACUACAGGACGCCAAGGAGACGUUCCAGAAGGCGGUGAAGGUGUUCGGCGAGGAACCCAGCUCGACGCAGCCGGACGAGUUCUUCGGGAUUUUCGAUCAGUUCCUGCAGGCGUUCGCUGAAACAAAGCAGGACAACGAGAACAUGCGCAGACGCAAGGAGGAGGAGGAGCGCAGGGCUCGCCUGGAGGCUCAGCUGAAGGAGCAGAGGGAGAAGGAGCGAAAAGCCCGUAAAGCGAAAGAGAACUGCGAGGAGGACGGCGAGUUUGAUGACCUCGUCUCCGCCCUCCGCUCCGGAGAAGUGUUCGAUAAAGAUCUGAGUAAAAUGAAACGUAACCGCAAACGACCAAACACGCAGAACCUCGAGACGAGCCGAGAGAGGCCGAUCACCAAACUCAAUCUCUGAGGAACUUCAGUGCUAAUGCUAAAUUUUACAGAAGAAUUCUAACAAGUCAUGGCAGUCGAGAGAAAAAAAAAGACUGUAUAACUUUGCACUAUUGUGGCUUGCUAGCUAAUCGGCUAAUAAGCCAUUCGUAAGAAAUUAGCCUUAAAAAAAAAAAAACCUGUCAGGAGACACGUGGAUGCUGGAUAUGUUACGGGAUAACGUAGCUAUGCAGCUGGAUUUUCAGUGUUAAAACUGAUGUAUGGUGCAGUGCAUUGUGGGUAAUCCAUAUGCUGCCUAUGUAUAAAUGCACCAUAUGAAUGAUAAAGAAGCCUUUUGCUAGAAACAACACAAAAUGUUCUAGCAUUUUCUUAUAAAAAUAACUCUUCCAGUACAAUCCCGGGGUUUGGGAUGGAAACCGCGCUAACGCUGCCAUCUGGUGGUGAAGUCCAGGUAUUGCACCUUCUCCUCUUGAACUUCACGGAUAAUUAUUAUUUUUUCCUUCCGGAAAAAAAAGCACAUGAACUCAAAUCUCACCUGGAAAAAAGGACUGACUCGGUUUAUCAGUGUGUGACAAAAUGUUUUGUCUCUCACUGUUGGUGUGUGUGCAGGUUAUUAGUGAUUUUUAACAGACACAAAAUGGCGACCCAAACACACACACACACACACACACACACGCCCUGGCUGAAGCUUCAUUAAAGAUUAGUGAGUGUGUUGCUGUGUUUCCUGCUCUGAAACACCUGAGUCAUCUCAGUCAGCUCAUUCACACACACUUCAUGAAGAUGAAACAGGUGUUUUGAAGUGUUUUAAUUUACAUCUCAAGGUUUUACUCAUGAACCACAACAAAAACGUGACAUUUUGUGAAACUUCUCCCUUUUACCACGUCAUUUAAUCCUGAUAACAGAUUUAAAAGGUGUUGUUAUUUCAUAAAGACAGCGUGGAACUCUUGAUAACUAUUUAUAACUUGCUUCUCAGAUGCUCCACAACAUUAAAUGUAACUAUAUACAGAUAAAAGGUACAUGCUGUUGUUUAUGGCAAAUUGCUGUGAUAUAAGGGGAAUAAAACACUUCAGGAUGUGCAGCUAUAGCAAAAUAACCAACAUCAGAGGAAUAACAGAACCUCCGCUUCAUCACACCUGUUUCGUUUGCACCUGAGCCGUGAAGCGAACGCUUAUAGCCACCAGUUUAGCACUGCACACCAGCUGAGUACAUUUUCAGGUCAAGUAAAAGUUGUUUUAUGUUUCAUUUUUCUCCAGAUUGUUUCUUGAACAAAAGCCAAAAUGUACAAAGACAAUUCAUUCCCCCUUAAUAACUAGUUUAUUGUCUAGCUCGUUCAUUUCGUAAUAGCUCUACACAAUACACAAUGUGUAAAAGUAUUAGAUUUGUAUUAGAUUAUCAGUGUGAUUGUUCACAGAACUGUCUCACACACACACACACACACACACACGCAAACAGAGCUUUAUAAAUACAAAUUAAUUCAGAGAAAAUCUGAAGUCAUGUAAACAGUUUAACAGAACCGGCUAAUUUUUUGAUGUUACAUUUGAUUUUAUUUUAACAAAGCAGUAAAGAAAAAGUUUUGUCAAAAAAACAAAACAAUAAUAUAAAUUUUUUAUAAAUUUUUUACUAAAAUUAGAGGCAACAUGUUGUAACCGUUCUAUACAAUAAAUCUGUAAAAUGAUUUGAGUUUAUAAGGAGGAAAAAGUAUAAAAUGUAAAGGGAGAAAACAAUAAUAAAUGCUGUGUUUCUGUGGUUAAAGUUUGCAUUUAAAGCGAAACCACGUGGCUGUAUAUUGUGUGUAUAUCACUGUAAUCUCUCUCUCUGUAUUCAUAUCUGUACAAAUGUAAAUAAUCUCUUAUUAAUAAGAUGCCGCUCUGAGUUUGUGUUCAUGAUUUUAUGAUUUAGGAUUGUGUUGUUGAUGAUGUUGAAUGCUUUUUUUUUUUUUGGUAAUAUUUUUUCAUCUGCAUGCGGGUUUUCUCAGUGUCCUCUUUAUUUAAAAACAGUUUUCAAUAUGAAAUGCAUUACAGAAAAAAUUAAAUAAAUAAAACUAAUCCAUGAGCUCAUCUGAUUUGUGUAUUAACCUCAAAUCCCAGGGAUGCCAAAGAGCCGCUGUUCAGCAGAACUCUUUGGAAAUUACUGAAGAUAUUAUGAUUAUAAAACAUAAAACAAACUUCCAAGAAUUAAAAGUAAUCCAAGUUUUUAAUUCUGGAUUUAAAAGCACAUAACCAUUUAAUUUAAUUUAAUUUAUUUAUUUAUUUUAAAUUGGGUUUAUUAAAUUUGGGUUUAGUGUUUCUUAUCCUUACUCUUUUUAACUUAAUUUAUUAAAUUAUUUAUUUAUUUAUUUAUUUUUGAAUGAAAGCAUUAUCUGGACCCACUAACAUUACUGCCAGCUAAACCCUGUAAACUAAAAUCUUCCCAGAUAUGAUCAUUGUGCAGUUACACUAACACCACACACAUUAAUAACACAAAUUCCAAUUUAUCAGUCCUUAUUUUCCUCCCGUAAAGGUUCUAUGUAGAAGCCUACAACAAAGUUUAUUCCUAUAAGAAAGGGUUCUAGGUAGAACCCUUAAUUUUCCAAUUAACACCAAAGAAACCCAUUUGCAUUAACUAGCUAACUCCAAAAUAUUUAGCUUCUUGGUACUUGGUGCACGCUCAGAGGAAAACGGGUUCUUUAAGGGUUCUUUAAGAUCGUUUGACUGGGAAAACACUUUUUCCCCCCAGAGGAACAACUGAAGAACCACUAAAAGUUCUAAGUAUGAACCUAAAAACUUUCUUUUAUAGCUCAUAGCUCCAGUAGAAAGCUGAGGAAGUGAAUUUUAGACACCAAGCAUGUUUUGGCUGAUUUAAU